AGAGAGAGGGAGCGUUUUCGAAAUUUGAGAGCCAUUUUAGGGUUCGUUGCUUUUUCACAAUUUCUCGGUCUCACGAUCCGAUCCAGAAAAUCAGUUCAUCAUUUUCAAUCCAUUUCCACAGCAGGAAGAAGAAGAAGAAGAAGAAGAAGAAUCAGAAUCGGAAUCUUCAGCUGCCAUGGAGAAGUACGAGAAGCUCGAAAAGGUCGGAGAAGGAACUUACGGGAAGGUGUACAAGGCCAAAGAUAAGGAAACUGGCCAACUUGUUGCUCUGAAGAAAACUCGCCUUGAAAUGGACGAAGAAGGAGUUCCACCGACGGCGCUUCGUGAGGUUUCUCUUCUCCAAUUGCUCUCUCAGUCUCUCUAUGUUGUUCGUCUUCUCUGCGUUGAGCAUGUUCACCACCAUAAAAGUGGUAAGCCUCUUCUCUACCUUGUAUUUGAGUAUCUGGAUACUGAUCUCAAGAAGUACAUCGAUUCGCAUCGCAAGGGACCCAACCCUAGGCCUCUUCCUUCUUCCCUUGUUCAGAGUUUCUUGUUUCAACUCUGUAAGGGUGUUGCGCAUUGUCAUAGUCAUGGCGUUCUCCAUCGUGACCUGAAACCGCAGAAUCUUCUUCUGGAUCAGGGUAAGGGUAUUCUGAAGAUUGCCGAUCUUGGCCUUGGCCGUGCUUUUACUGUCCCUCUUAAGAGCUACACUCAUGAGAUUGUUACUCUCUGGUACCGUGCUCCUGAGGUUCUCCUUGGAUCCACUCAUUACUCCACUGCUGUCGAUAUGUGGUCUGUUGGUUGCAUCUUCGCUGAAAUGGUGAGAAGGCAGGCCCUGUUCCCCGGAGAUUCUGAGUUUCAGCAGUUGCUCCACAUUUUUAGGCUUCUAGGUACCCCCACCGAGAAACAGUGGCCUGGAGUUAGUUCUUUGCGGGACUGGCAUGUCUACCCUCAAUGGGAACCGCAGAAUCUGACCCGUGCAGUUCCAUCCCUGGAACCCGAGGGUGCUGACCUUCUCUCGGUAAUUUUGCUUGUUCCUCUUUACUUUAUAUUUUAAGAACUCCUUUUGAACAUUGCUCAAAUCGAUAAAACAGUUACCGACAGAGAACCAACUCUAUCUGGGUAACUUCUUAGCCUUACAAAAACAAUUGUGGCAGAUUUUUGGGCACUCAUUAGCAGAGGAUUUUGUUGUAUUAGAAACAAAAUCAAUUGUACACGGGAUGGAAGCUGAAGCUAGUAAAAAUAGGAGUGAAUUUAUUCAGUUGCCUUUCAACUUUUAAGGAGCUAAAGUAACUACCUUCUUCGUUGAGAUAACCAACAGGGUGAAGGUCACAUUUUUACUUGGUUUCUUGGGAUUGAUCCAUUGAUAUGCCACUGCUGAAGUUCAAUUUCUUCUCAUCUUAUCAGAUUUGUGAAACUCAAUUUGUGACAUUCCACUG